CUUAAAUCAGUUAAGUGUUUAAAUGGGAUUUAUCAGCAUUUUGCUUUUCGCUGCGUGUAUUAGCAGCGUGAAGGGGAACUACCAAUAUGUCCUGGCACCGAAUGUGAUCCGUCUUGAAAACGAGGAGACCCUGCUUGUUGGCAUUUUUGGGGAUGGAAAGAAUCAGAUCGUAACGGUAUACUUUGAAUAUCUGAAGAAGCAUAUCUCCAAAAAUAUGACAACGAUAAAAGAUGCAGAUCAUCCUGUCGAGGUUACUAUAAAGAUCACUGGAGAUGACCUGUUUAAAGACAUCGACGCCAGUCCAAAGCUCAAAGAAAAACCGAAAACAAUUAAAUUGGUCUGCGAAGGACCAUACGGGAAGCAGGUCCGAGAUAUCGCCCUUAGUUAUACACCAGGUUACCUGAUCGUACAGACGGACAAACCUUUGUACAAUCCCGAGGAGAAAGUAAAUGUUCGAGUUUUGGCAAUGGACGAAUCUAUGAAGCCAAUCAAGGACAAACAGCUGGCUAUUGACCUGAUAAGUCCCACAAAUAUGACUGUAGGCAGAAUAAGCUUUGACCCUGGGAGCAAUAAAAAUGGCUUCUACAAGGGACAGUUUGAGAUUCCGCCGUUUCCGGAUUUUGGAACAUGGACUAUCAAGGCUAAACUUGGAGGAAAGUUGGAUACGUAUGCCAUUGCUCCUAUUGAUGUACGCGAAUUUGUUCUCCCUACCUUCGGAGUAGAGAUUUCAACUGGACGAGAAUACAUAUUGCCGAACCAUACUAAAAUAGAUGUGACAGUAUCAGCCAAAUACGUCUACGGCAAGCCGGUUGAUGGAAGUGCAGGACUCGAGAUUAACAUCCGGAAGAAGGGAGAUGUGUCGGACCCGAAACGCGUUUUAACUAUCGGGAGAAAACCGCUAAAUGGUAGCGCAGACUUUGAGGUCCCUAUAGCGAAGCUUUUGCAAAGUUUUGGGGGACAGUUUCCCGCAGACGCCGUGUUAGAGUUGUCAUCAACUGUUUAUGAGUCGGCAACAGGAAAAGAAGAGUCGGGAGCCGAUGAUUCCGUCAUGUUUGUAAAUUGUCCCUUCAAGUUUGACUUGUCGCGUUCAAAGACUACUUACCGGGAAGGUUUCUAUUAUUACAUACAGAUUAAAAUGCUACAUGCCAACGGUCAACCGGCAGGUCGGAAAUUGUUCAAUCUUACGAUUGAUGGCGGCAGUCCAAAUCAACAUCUGACGAACGAGGAUGGUCAUUAUCUGGCUGCUCACAUCCAGCCUGAAAACCAGAACUUGAAGCGCAUGAAAAUAAAGGUAUAUGAUCCAGCUUUUGAAAACUGUGCACACGAGUUGGUCCUUGAGCAAUACACGGGGGAACGUCAGAUUGUCGUCGAGAAAGUAGAAAAAGAAGGUGCCUCGUUCAUUCAAGCCAACACGGACAUCAACAUCAAACAAGCGGACAAAUAUUCAGGCAUACUAAUACUGAUAACAGCUCGCGGUAAGAUUGUGCAGACAAAGUACUUUCCACCUUUCAAGACUCCCAGUUUUAAGUUGGAACAGGAUGUUAUGGACAAGGUCUCACCUGUUGGCCGAGUGUUUGCUUUUAUGUGUACAAACGCACAACUAGUAGCAGAUUCGUCAAUUUUCAUGUAA